AUGGAUCCGCUCAGCGUCACAGCCAGCAUAAUCGCAGUAAUCCAGCUCUCCGCUAAGAUUCUCACAUAUCUGAGCGAUGUCAACGAUGCGCCAAAAGACCGCACGCACUGCGAAGCUGAAAUAUCAAAUACCCGUAAUCUUUUUUGUAAACUACUAGAUCACGUUCAAAAUGGGGACCCUAACCGGCCACGGAAUACUGCUGUCGAAGCUCUCGCAUCCCCUAACGGGCCACUUGACCAGUUCAAGCAGGCGCUUGAAGAGCUGCAGAAUAAGAUAACAGACGGGGGUCGAUUGAAGAAGGUCGGCGAAGCGCUAGUAUGGAAGUUUAAGAAGGAGGAGAUUGCUAGCAUACUGGAUCGAAUAGAGCGUUUGAAAACACACGUAUUGAUCGCGUUACAGAUGGACCACUUCAAACUAUACCAAGAUACUCAAGACGAUGCAAAGCAUAGCAAGAUAGUAGAAUGGAUCUCGCCUUUGAACUACCCCGCCCGGCAAUCAGACAUCAUCGGUCACAGACAAGAAGGGACGUGUCAGUGGUUUCUUAGAGCGCCCGAGUUCGCAAAGUGGCUGGGUGAGCCGAAAGGUACACUCUUCUGCCCAGGGAUUCCUGGCGCCGGCAAGACGAUGGUGGCUGCGAUCGCGAUCGACCACCUGUUGCACUAUACACGUACACAGAGCAGCUCGAUAGGAGUUGCAUACGUGUACUGCAACUACCAAGAGCAGAUAGAACAGGACGCCUCUAGCAUGCUGGCAGCCAUCGUUAAGCAGCUGGUGCAAGGUCGACCGUGGGCGCUGGAGCCUGUAGAACGACUGCACAAGAAGCAUCACCACCUUGGCAUGAAGCCGAAAAUCGAGGAGAUAUUCAGCGCCCUUCAAGAAGUCAUUGCAAAGUUUUCUACAGUCUAUCUUGUGAUCGACGCUCUGGACGAAUGUCGAGAUAAUGACGGCACUCGUAGUCAGCUCCUGGCUAGACUCAAAGACUUACAAAUAGGACAAGAUGUUCGCAUCAUGGCCACGGCACGAUUUAUACCAGAGAUUGAAGCUGAGUUUCAAGCAGAGAUGAACCUAGAAAUACGAGCUAGCGAUGAUGACGUGAGGCGUUAUGUAGCCGGCCAGACGCACCGACUGCACAGAUGCAUUCAGCGUGACCCUGCGCUGCAGGCCAUGAUGGAAGACAAACUUGUAGAGGCGGUAGAUGGUAUGUUUCUUCUUGCCCGCCUACAUACAGACUCACUCGUAGACAAGCGAACAGUAAAAGAAGUAAAGUCGACAUUAGGCCGCCUCUUGAAGGGCUCAGUUACGAUUGAUGACGCCUACAGCGAGGCCAUUCAACGCAUAAAUGGCCAACUAGACGGAGAUAAAGAGCUGGCUAAAAGGGUACUGUCGUGGAUCACGUAUGCGAAACGGCCGCUUACCACGACAGAGAUCUGCUGUGCUCUGGCAGUAGAGCCAAAUGAGGCAGGGCUCGAUCCCGAGAACAUACCUGAUGUUGAAGAUCUAUUAUCCGUGUGUGCUGGACUGGUCGUCGUUGACCAAGAAAGCGCUGUCAUCCGUCUUGUGCAUUACACCACCCAAGAAUACUUCGAACGUAUCCGAGAUGUAUGGAAUCCAGGCGCUCAACUACAUAUAGCCUCGACAUGUCUCACGUACCUAUCAUUUAGCACAUUCGAAACUGGGAGCUGCUCCUCUGACGAAGAAUUUGAAGAGAGGCUUCGAGGAAGUCAAUUCUUAGGCUAUACUGCCAAGCACUGGGGAGAGCAUGCAUUGACAGCGGAAGGUGAGAUAUGUGAGCUAGCCUGCUCAUUUCUCUCCUGCAAGGAAUUAGUUUCUUGCGCUGUGCAGGUACUCUUACGAUCAGAAUACACAUAUCAGGGGUAUAGCCAGAAAUAUCCCAAGGACAGCACAGGAUUGCAUCUUACAGCUCGUUUCGGAUUAGCCAUUGUAUUAGAGACUCUACUCCUAAAUCAAGUAGGAGAGAUAGGACUCAUAUUAGAAAGAAGAGAUAGUGAGGGCCAGACUCCCCUAUAUCUUGCAGCAGAACUUGGACAUCAAAGAAUCGUGAAGCUGCUGCUCGACAAGGGCGCUGAAGUCAACGCGCAGGGCGGAAAGUACGGCAACGCACUGCAGGCGGCUGUAGCUGGGAACCAUACAGCUAUUGUUGAGCUCCUACUCAACAACGGCGCUGAUGUCUCGCGACACGAUAGCCAGGGAAAAAGCGUUUUGCAUUAUGCUACUAACAGCGCGAAUUGUAACCUUGGUCUUAUCGACCUUCUGCUUUCAUGA